CACAAUGGUUGUAAUUAAAAAAAUUAAAUGUAGUUAGAUCUAAAAAAUUAGAUCUAAAUCUUUAAAAAUUGGACGUCUAUUACCAUACAAUUAAAGCCUGAAAACAAAUACUAGACCUGCAUCAAGCACCGGUCAUUGGAAUAUUACAAGAGUAAAUAAAAAGCAUGACACAGUUAAGAGCACAAAGGAACUAGAUACAUUUGGAUGACAAAUGCCUUCAACGUUUGAAAAUCAGUACCAUGCUCACUCCAGUCAAUUUGGCAGACUACCAAAAUAUGCAUCAACUGCGAGCAGUAAACCUGAAAAGGUUGAUGACAUGUAUCCUCUGCAGUGGACAGGUUUUGCAAACCAAGCAGAUGUACAGACACGAAUCCAGAAAGUUCUUGGCCCACUUUCACUUUUUGCUCCAUUCACAAAUGAGGAUGUUCCAGAACCAACUCCAAUUAUACAGCUAGACAGACCAGUCACACCCAUAAAUGAGGAAAUAAAAACACAACCUCAAUCCUUAGAUGUAAUGGUCAGCUAUGUAAGAAGGAGAAUUAUGCCAAAGCCAGACAUCCCAUUUUUGUCUACAGAAGAUCAAAGGAAUUUGGCUGCUAUUAUAUUAGGUGAAGUAAAUUCAAUAUGGCCAGAAAUUAGAAGACAAAUUGAUGAUCCUUUUCUGUCUGCAGAGAAUAACAAAGAGUUGAACCGACGCAUCACAGUACAUAUAGUCACAGUCUGCGAGCAGCUGUUUAACCACUACCUUAGCAAAGCCCAAGUUCUAAAUGAACGUGGUGUUUUUAGUGGCCCAGCAAACAUGAGUCGGCUUAAAGCCCAGCUUGCAUUGGAAACAAAUGAAUUGUUAAACAUUUUAAAGAUUCGUCGCUACAUUGUACAAGAUAUAAAGACAUCUGCUGCUCAACAAGACAACGGAGAUGAAGCAUCCAACAAGGAAGUAACUCAAGUCAGGGCUGUGUCUGGAAAAAAGCUUACAUAUCAGGCAUUGAUGGAAGUUAGUCGGCCUAAAACAAGACAGCACAGUUCUGCUUUGACUAACAUUGACAGAGCUUUGAAAGAGAUUCAAGACAAUAUGCCAGUACUAGAUACAAGCCAGUUAAUGGAUCUUAUUCCAGAUUUUCCUGACCGCAGCUUACAAACUCCAAGUGAAGAAGAUUUUUAUCAAAAAACAUCUUACAAGGCUACAGAUGACAGCUCACUUCUCAAUGGCAUUUUAACAGAAGAAGGUUCCAAUGAAAAAGUAGUGUUUAGGCGCAGCAAUUCUCAGCCACUUCUUGUACAAGGUGAAGGUCUCAUGGAAGAGUUGGGUAUUGACAAAAAAGUGAAGACUGACGCCUUGAUGCAACAUGAGCUUGGUGUCUUGAAGAGAGAAAGAGAUCUCAUAGUUAAACAGGUGAAACCUAAGACACUUGAUAAGAAGAGUAUUAAAGACGGCAAUAGUUAUGAAAAGGACCUUAAAAAAUUGUCGGAGUACAAAGUUAGUGAGGUUUCACAGGAUGAUGAUGAUGAAGAUUUACCACCUUUAAUUCAAGCGAUAACUCGCCAUGCUCGUCAUGAUGAUCUAAAACAAAGAAUGGAGAAACAAUUGAAAGAACUAGAAGACAAGGAGAAGCUGAGAAGGGAAGAAGAAUGUGUUCACGUACGAGGUCCUACUUAUCCACAGCCUGAUACUGUUAAUGCAAAGUUAGGCAAAACUGGAGUUGUCAGAACAUCAGAUAUUCGUGUCUCUGAGAGAGUUUGCAUGUCAUCAAUAACACUCAAGCGCUACGCCACAGUUUACAAUGAUUUACUUGAAGAAAUUGAUCCAACAACUGUCAAGAAUUUGGAUAAGAAAUUGUUCCUCAGUUCUGAGGUUCAGGAGGUGUAUAAAGAAAUCAUGAAGACUGCGUCAACUUCACACUUGGAACUUGAUGAUGACCCACUAGUUUUGAAUGCUCCAGAGUCUCUGAACAUUUCUGGCACCAUGGCUUCUACCUCCUUAUCUAAAAAAGUUGUGGACAGAGUCAUCAAUCCCUCUUUUAGUAAAGAGAAAUCUCCACCUUGGGGAGAUACAGAGUUGAAUGAAUGGGUUAAAACGCCUGUCAAUCCUCCGAAGAAUUUUUUAGGAGAAGAUUUAUUUCAGCCAGUUGCACCAAACAUGCCAAAAGUUUAUGAGGUUAUCAACAACCCCGCACAGACAGCACAAAUGGUUGUGUCCCCUGAAGGUAUCCCCACCUAUGUCGCUGACAAAACCUCCUCUAGUUACUCCUCAUGGUUACAGUGGUGGAAAUCAACAGUUACUAGUGAAGACUACAUGAAGUAUCUCUCAACACUGGAAACAGAUUACAUGGGAGCUAUUUUUCAUUUCUAUGAUUCUGAUGAAGAAAGCGAGCCUGAGGAUGUAGAGAUACCAUACAAGUUGCGACGCACAAAGCAGUUCCUGAACAGUGGAAAGAACAAAGUUACACCACAACAAAAAGAAAAAAUGCGCAAGCUGGCAGAGCUUCAAAAUAUAAAGUCAGAAUAUAAACAGGGUUUCUGGAAUGCUAACUCAGUCCUGAUGGGAGGAUUAGGAAAGGAUCCUUCAUUAAAUGAAGAUGAUCCUCCUGAAGCUGAAAGUGCUGCCAAAACAAAAUUAAAUGAUGAUAAAGUUGGUGAAUCAAAAAAUCUACUCACUAAAAGACUUCUUUCAUCCCACCUCACAAAAAGGAAUGUUGAAACUCCUGAAACUGUAGCUUCUAGAGCUAAGACUGCUGAAGAUGUAAAAAAAGUCCCAGAUGCUCAAGAUAGGCUGGAAAAUGUUUGGCAGAGUCUCCAAGUGCCAGAUAGCCAACGCUUAGAUAUGGCUAUUAAAUACAGCUGCAACGAGUAUUUUUCUCAAUUAUCAGAGGCCAUUGAAGGAUGGGAGUAUGUUUCAAAUUUGAUACUCCAGAGAGAAAAAUUGUUAAUUGAUUUGGAAAAGUUUGAAAGACAAGCCUCAGAUCCAAACAGGUUUUUCCAUAAAGAUUCCAAAAAAAGUUCUAAUAGGCUAAAAGAAUCAAAACAAAGGUCUCAUCUAUAUAGGAAAAUUGAUGAAUUGGAUGUUGAGAUAAAAGAGGAGGUUGAAUUUAUCAGGAGCAAAUUUCAAGAUGUGAUUACGUUUAAAGGCCGUCCAUAUAUAGAUAAGAUGAAGUGGGAUAGAACAGAAAUGCUGUAUUGGUUGGCAGAAGAAAGGAAACAGAAUGGAAUUAAAUAUGAGGUUCUUACCAGGGGUCUGACAGUACCUCUAAAACCAGCACAAUUACAGCCAAUUUCUACUACAAAGAUUGUCUAAUGUUGUAAUGCACUUGUAAUAUUUAUAAAGCAUUGUCAUAAUGAAAAAUUGAUUGAAGUUUACAUUUAUUGUAAAGUUAAGUUCAGUGCUUUUUUUUUACUAAAAUCUAAAAUCAAUUCAAAGUCAAAAUCAUCAUCAAAUUCUUCUUACAACCGUAAUUUGAAACAAAAAUGAUGGCUGCUAAAUGCUUGUAAGUCAUGUAUGAAGUAUAACUGUAAACAUCAUUACUUCUGUCCACUUGGUUAUAAACACUAGUAAACUCAUGUAUUUUAAGGGGAUGCAUAACUUACAAUUAGUUUUGUUUUAAUGUAAACCCUUUUUAAGCAGUUUUCAGAAAAAAACUUCAAGUAAACAAUUUACUGCAAGUGGACCCAAAAAUUUUAGUUUUGUUUUCCUUGUAUAAUUGUAUAUUAUGUCAAAAAUGUAUUAAAACUCACAUUAAAAAAUAA